AUGACAUCCGAGAUCCCAAAAUCAUAUAGACAAAUCAUAUCCACAACGAAAAAAGAAUCUGAAUUAAUACAAUCACUCUCUUCAAAACUCGCGUCUUCAAUAUUUCAUGAAGUUUCAACACCACUCCCCAGGAAACAAUCAUUAGUUAAUGAUAUACAAUACAUUUAUAAAUCAAAAGCAUAUGAUCUGUAUACCCAUUGCUUCAAAAAAUUAGUCAAUGAAUAUGAUCUUGACCACCUUGAACCAAUGACAAAGGCCCAUUUCGGGAAAGUUAUGACCAAGGUAUUCAACUGUCAAACCAAGAGAAUAGGCUCAAGAAAUAAAAGCUAUUACGCCUACUGUGGUUUAGCUAUAGAUAAAAAAGUUAAAGAUGAAUAUGAAGAAGUUGUAAAGACACGAUGGAUUGAAAACGGACAGAAGAACGAUGAAGUUAUAAGGCGUAAUAGAAUUGAAUUGUUGAAAUUUUUAAAAGAUGAAAAACUAGAUGAUUGCUUUACAUUACAUCGUUGUGAUUUGAUUCUUUCGAAUUUUGAAAGUUUCAAUGUUGUACAAAUGAGAAAAGAUUGGAAAUCAAUAAAUUUACAAGAAAUAAUAUCACAAGGUUCAGGAGCUGGUUGUGAAAUUCCAAGUUAUUUUGAAGUCCUGGAUAUAUUUAAUAUUAUACCAGAUCAUUUAAACAUUGUGGAUAUUGAAAUGGCUUUAGGUAUGAAUCAUUGGAAGAUCAAUAUCAUCAAUAAGAUAAUGGAAAUCUUGAACUAUAACAAAUCACAUGAUCUAAAGAGUAUGAAUAAUUAUCUAACAUGGCAAUUCAUCUCUACAAGAUUUUUGGAACAGCUGACUUUUGAAAAAUCAUCAUCAUUUGGAUCUUUUUGGAUAUUGAAAUGCUUACUUGAUGAAUUGAUUCCAUUUAUUCAAAAAACUUUAUAG